CAUCAGAGACUCAAACCAGAACCCAGCCAUCUGUCUUUCAAGAGUGACAAGUCAAAGGGUUUUCUAAUUGGCUUUAAAUCUGCUGGACCUCCACCAUCAGAGAGAGUGGACCAGCAGAACUCAGAGGUUCCCAGUGGUCUGUCUGCCCAGCAGCAUCAAACACAGCUGGAUUUCAUAUUUAUGCAACUGGAGGACAACAUUGUCACUUUUGUGAAGAAUGAGCUGAAGAAGAUCCAGAAGGUUCUGAGUCCAGAUGACUCAGAAUGUUCAGAAAGUCAAAGAGAUGAGGAGGAGGUGGUGGAAGGUGAAGAUGAAGAGCAGAGGAGGAGCAGCAGAGAGGCACUGAUGACUAUCACACUGAACUUCUUGAGGAGGAUGAAACAGGAGGAUCUAGCUGACCACCUGCAGAGCACACUUCCUGCACCAGUUCAUCAACAAAAACAUAGAUCUGAUUUGACGAAAAAGUUCCAGUGUAUCUUUGAGGGUAUUGCUAAGUCAGGAAGUCCAACCCUUCUGAACCAGAUCUACACAGAGCUCUAUGUCACAGAGGGAGGGACUGGAGAGGUCAAUGAUGAACAUGAGGUCAGACAGAUUGAAACAGCAUCCAGGAAAAAACACAGACCAGAAACAACUAUCAGACAAGAAGACAUCUUUAAAGUCUCACCUGGAAGAGAUCAACCAAUCAGAACAAUGAUGACAAAGGGAGUGGCUGGCAUUGGGAAAACCGUCUUAACACAGAAGUUCACUCUGGACUGGGCUGAAGACAAAGCCCACCAGAACAUCCAGUUCAUAUUUCCAUUCACCUUCAGAGAGCUGAAUGUGCUGAAAGGUAAAAAGUUCAGUUUGGUGGAACUCGUUCAUCAUUUCUUUACUGAAACCAAAGAAAUCUGCAGCUUUGAACACUUCCAGGUUCUGUUCAUCUUUGAUGGACUGGAUGAGAGUCGACUUCCUCUGGACUUCCACAACAAGGAGAUCCUGACUGAUGCUACAGAGUCCACCUCAGUGGAUGUUCUGCUGACAAACCUCAUCAGGGGGAAACUGCUUCCCUCUGCUCGCCUCUGGAUAACCACACGACCUGCAGCAGCCAAUCAGAUCCCACCUGGUUUUAUUGGCAUGGUAACAGAGGUCAGAGGGUUCACUGACCUGCAGAAGGAGGAGUACUUCAAGAAGAGAUUCAGAGAUGAGGAGCAAGCCAGCAGGAUCAUCUCCCACAUGAAGAUGUCACAAAGCCUCCACAUCAUGUGCCACAUCCCAGUCUUCUGCUGGAUCACUGCUACAGUUCUGGAGGAUGUGUUGGAGACCAGAGAGGGAGGAAAGCUGCCCAGCACCCUGACUGAGAUGUACAUCCACUUCCUGGUGGUUCAGACCAAAGUGAAGAAGGUCAAGUAUGACGGAGGAGUUGAAACAGAUCCACACUGGAGUCCAGAGAGCAGGAAGGUAAUUGAGUCUCUGGGAAAACUGGCUUUUGAUCAGCUGCAGAAAGGAAACCUGAUCUUCUAUGAAUCAGACCUGACAGAGUGUGGCAUCGAUAUCAGAGCAGCCUCAGUGUACUCAGGAGUGUUCACACAGAUCUUUAAAGAGGAGAGAGGUCUGUACCAGGACAAGGUGUUCUGCUUUGUUCAUCUGAGUGUUCAGGAGUUUCUGGCUGCUCUUCAUGUUCAUCUGAACUUCAUCAACUCUGGUGUUAACCUGAUGGAAGAAGCACAAAAAAUUAAGGAGCCUAACCCAAUAUUUCUCCAUCAGAGAGCUGUUGACCAGGCCUUACAGAGUCCAAAUGGACACCUGGACUUGUUUCUGCGUUUCCUCCUGGGAAUUUCAUUGCAAACCAAUCAGAGACUCCUGCAAGGUCUGAUGACACAGACAGAAAGUAGCUCACAGGCCAACCAGGAAACAGUUCAGUACAUCAAGAAAAAGAUCAGCGAGAAUGUGUCUGCAGAGAAAAGCAUCAAUCUGUUCCACUGUCUGAAUGAACUGAAUGAUCAUUCUCUAGUGGAGGAGAUCCAACAGUCUCUGAGUUCAGGAAGUCUCUCCACAGAUAAACUGUCUCCUGCUCAGUGGUCAGCUCUGGUUUUCAUCUUAGUGUCAUCAGGAGAAGAUCUGGAUGUGUUUGACCUGAAGAAAUACUCUGCUUCAGAGGAGGUUCUUUUGAGACUGCUGCCAGUGGUUAAAGCCUCCAACAAAGCUCUACUGAGUGACUGUAAUCUUUCAGAGAGAAGCUGUGAAGCUCUGUCCUCAGUUUUCAGUUCCCAGUCCUCCAGUAUCAGAGAACUGGAUCUGAGUAACAACAACUUGCAGGAUUCAGGAGUGAAGCUUCUCUCUGCUGUAAUGGAGAGUCCAAACUGCAAACUGGAAACUCUCAGAUUGUCAGGCUGUCUGAUUUCAAAGGAAGGCUGUGCUUCUCUGGCCUCAGCUCUGACCUUCAACCCCUCCCAUCUGAAAGAGUUGGACCUGAGCUACAAUUAUCUAGGAAAUGCAGGAGUGAAGCGGCUGCUGGCUGGACUGAAGGAUCCACACUGGAGACUAGAAGUUCUCAAGUAAGGAGGGGGAGAAGAG